AUGUUUUCAUCAAAGUAACAAAGAAACAUAUUAUUGAUUUAAGAGAAAGGGUAUGAAAUUAUUUCAUAAAUGGAGUAAUAAGGUACACAAUCAAUUAAUUAUAUCGCAAAAUAUAGUGGGAAUACAAAUGAACAAGUUAUCAUAAAAUAAUACGAUUAAAUAAAAAUUGAUGAAAUAGAAGUGCUGAAAAAAAUUCAUAAAGCACAAAUUGAUGAUAAGUCUAAAAACAAACAUAUUAUUAAAAUACUUGGAAUUUAAGAUUGUUCAUAAUAAAAAGAAUAGAAAAACUUUUUAACUGUAAUAGAAUAAGGUAAAAAUAAUUUAACACAUUUGAUUAAUAGUAAUAUAUCUUUUAAAUUAUUUUAGAAAUUUAAACUCUUUAAAUAAGUAAAUUAAAUUAUAUUAUUAGAUGAUUAAAGGAGUUAAGGAAUUACAUGCUUUAGGCUAUGUUCAUCGAGAUUUGAAAUUAGAGAACUUUGUAUAUUUUGAAAAUAAAAAUAAAAGUUAUAAAGUCAAAUUGAUAGACUUUGGUUUAGCUAAAAAAGGCUCCACAAGAUUAAAAACAAUAUAAGUAGGGACUUGGAAUUACAUGUCACCUGAAGUUAUGAUAGGAGAGGGUAACUACGAUAAUACUGCUGAUGUUUGGAGUCUAGGAAUCAUACUCUUUUAAAUGUUAACAGCAGAAUCAUUAUUAAAAGGUUUUAAUUUAAUUAUAUGUAGCUAAAAAUACAAAAGAAUUAAUAACUCAGAUGAAUGCUUUAACAUAGGAGUAGAUAGAUAUGAAAAUAGAUCAAAUCAAUUGUAUGCAGCCAUCAGAAAAGGAAAUAAUUAAGUCUCUGUUAUAAAAAGAUAGUAAAAACAGAUGCAAUUUGGAAAUAAUACUAAAGAAAAUAGAUUAACAUUUAAAGGCAAUUAAGGAGUAAGAAUAAAAAGAAAUAUAUUAAUUUAAAGAUCAAUAAUAAUUAAUAAUAGAUUCUAUAUAAUGCACAAUUAAGAAUAUCAUUUAAUUUCUAACUGAAAAAUAACCAAUAAUAAAUCAAAUUAAUUUAUAAAAUCAAAAAAAAUAAGAAUUGUUAACUUACAUUAAUAAUGAAUUUUCGAAAUAUGAAAAGAUUUUAUUAAAAAAUUAAUAAAGAUAUAAAACGAUAUUUUAAGCAUAAAUAAAGGAAAUGCUAAAAAACAAUGAUAAUGAACUAUCUUAAGAAUAUUAAUAAUAUAAUAAUGACUAGAAACUUAUAAUUGAUAGAAUCAUGUAAGAAUAAAGUUAACUAGAAUAGUUUGUCAAAGAAAAAGAAUAAGAAGAUAGAAUCAAAAUAGAAUCAGAAUAGAAAUUGAAAUUAGAAUAAGAGUAGAUAUUAACAAAAGAAAAAGAAUAUUAUCAAUCUUAAUUAAAACUACUUAAAUAGUAAUUAAAUUAAUAAUCUCCUUAGAUUUAAUAAAUAUAACACCAAAUUGAUUUUUAUCAGAGAAUAGAAAUUUAAAUUUAAUGUGAAGACAAUAUCCAAGAUAUGAUUAAAAAUCAUGAACAAAUAACAUAAGAUAUCUACACUUUAGAAUUUUAGGAAAAAAUAAUUUAGAAAUGCGAAUCCUUACAACAAUAAAUUAACUCUUAUUAAUCAUGUAUUAGCUAGCUUAAAGAAAUUUAAUAAGCUUAAAUUCGACUCAAUACUUAAAUUGGAUAGGAAAAUAAAUGUAUUUAAUAAAUUGAUAUAGAAUAUUUGGAUUAACAUAUGUAAUAAAUUGAGGAAAUAAACGAAAAAUUAAUUGAUCAUUAGGAUAAAUAUAAGUAAUUAUCUAAGAAUUAAAAAUAUACAAAUUAAAUAACAUAAAUAAUUGACAGAUAGGACAAGCUUUUGGUUACUUAGAUGAUCUAAAAUUAUUGCUAUCUUAAAGUACGUUUGUAUCUUUUUAAAAAUACACUCAAAUAAAUUAAUAGAUAGAGCAAUCAUUAAGGAGCUUUGAAAAAUAAUAUUAUUAAAUUCAUGAAUAAAUUUACCAGGAUUUGUAAUUUGAGGAAAAAAAUGAAGAAAAAAUUAAAAAACUAGAAGUGACAAAAGAUUAAUUAAAUAAUUUUAUUAUAAAAAUGAAUCAAAUAAAAGAUUAUGGGAAAAAUCUAAUCAAUAAUCAAUAUUGCAAUAAUUAAAAAACUUAGAAUUUAAUUUAUAUUAAGUUAACAAACAUUGAUUAAAAUAUAGUGGAAUAAUAAGAGCAAUUUGAUAAAUUUACUUAGGUGAAUUAAUUAGAUUCUUGCGAAAAUAUUAUUAACUAAAUAAAAUAAUUAGAAGAUUUUUACGGAAAGUUAAAGGAAGUAGAACUUAAUGAAAUAGAAUCUUUAAACCAAUUAGAGUUAAUCAUUAAAAAUGUAGGAGAAGAAACUAAAUGUGAAUAAUAAAAAGAAAUUCAUACUUUAAAUAAUCAAAUAUAAAAUAGAUAUACGGAAUAUAAAAAGGCUCUGUAAUUAAUCAAAUUUGAAUUUGAAAGGGUUGAGUUUUAUUAAUAAAUGAAUGAAAAUAAAGAAAAUCUCCAAAAAGAAUUGGAAUAAGAAAUCAGCAUUUUGAAUUAGUAUUCAUAGAUUAAAUCUGAAAACAUGCAACUAUUGGAAAUAGAAUUAUAAUAAAAGAAAACAAAAAAAGGAAAGUAAUAACAAUUAACUCAAAAUAUACUCAAUAGAUUCCAAUACACUUGUCAAUAAAAAGGAUAGAAGUUAGAUGAUAUAAUUAAAAAAGUUGCUCAAAAAUAAUAAGAAAUAAAUUUUUGCUUAAUGGAUGAAAAUCUAAUUAAGAAUUAUGAAUAUUUAAAAAUGUAAGAAGAGCAAUUAUCAAUAGAAUUAACUUUAAUAAAUUAAAAAAACAUAUCUAACUAAUAAUUAAACCCUUAAUAAUUAAAUGAAUAAUUAAAAGAAGAUAUUCUAAAAGUCUUUGCUGAUAUUGAUAAAUUAAUGAAGAAAAUUCCAGAAAAAGAUGAAAUAGAAAAGUUCAACAAUGCUUUUCUUUAAAAUUUAGAAUCAUACUAGGAAAUUUAAGCUUUAAUUAAUUAUAUAAAAUAAUAUCACUUAACAAGAUAUUAUGAAAGAAUCAAAGAAAAUGCAAAUUAAUAAAACUCAAAACAAUAGAAUAAUAUAGAAAGCGACUAUUAAAAGUAAUUCUAAUCUAAAUUAUACAAGGAAUUAGAAGAAUACACAAAAUAAGAGAAAGAAGCUUAAGAUAUAUUCUUAAGAUAUGAAAAUAUUUUAUUUAAAAACUACAAUAAGAUGAAGACUGAAGCAAUGGAGGAAGAUAAAAUAUUAAUAGAAAAAAAGAUUGUAGAGGUGGAAAAUUAUAUUAAAUGUUCAGAAAGUGUGUCGUUUAAAGCUAAAUUCAAAGAUUAAAACAAAAUUAAAGAGAUCUUUAACGUCAAAUAAUAUUAUAAAAUAAUUGAGUUUACAUAAAUGCUGAUAUUUAAAAUAAUAAUUAAGAAUCAUGAUUGA